CCCUUUUUUUUUUUUUUUUUGUUUCUGCUUCUUUCUUCUUCUUUUUUUCCUUUUUGCUUCCUUUUUUUUCGUUUUUUUUUUCUUCUGUAUUUUUUCUGUUCUUUCUUUUCUUUUUCUUUUUCUUUUUCUUUUUUCUGCACUCCUUAUUCUUCUUGACUUUAUUUUCGUUUCUGUUUUUUCCUUCUAAUGCCUAAACCCCACCUCAUAUUUCCUAAGAGAGUUUCUUUUCCCAAUUCUUUUCCCUAUUAUUGCAUAAUAACAUAUCCUAAACUUCAUGCAUUGUAAUAUCCCAAAUUUUCGGGAAUAUUUAAGUGUAAGUUAAGGACUUGAUUGUGAGAAAAGAUUGUUUUGGGGCCUAAUGUGAACAUUUUGAAAGUUGAGAGACUUAAAGAGGGAAAGAUUUUGGAUAAGGAUGGCUUAUUUCUUUUUCUCCUUUUCCUCUUUCUUCCUCACCCGAUUCUGCUCUUCUUCCCGCUGCAGCCCGAAAUUCCCCCCCCUCCAAGCCGCCGGCACCAACUUUGAAAAAAUUGGUGAGAAAGCUUGGAAUUUCUCCUCCUUUCUUGUCCAAGAACCUGAUUUGGAACCCAGAAAUCUUUCCCCCUUGCUGGAAAAGCCGGAUCUGCCUUGCUCUGCUUCUUCACCGCCGGCUGCUCUUGCCUUGUGGGGGCGAAUUGGCUUGGUUUUUUUGACCCGUGAGUUUUCCCUGCAGCUUGCCGCCGGCCUUCUUCCCCCUGCCAUGUCCGGUUUCUGCAGCUGUAAAUUAUGGUAUCUAGUGUUUUGGCCAAUUUGUGGAAGUGGAGUUACUGUUCACGUCGGGGUCACUGUUCACCGGUUACUGUUCACAGGUUACUGUUCACACCCCGAGGGCCAACAUUUAACGGGAAUUUAAAUGAUUAGUUUGUGAUAUGAGAACGAAUUUGGAGAUGUCCGAUCAUGUGAAAAGUGAUAGAAAUAGCAUUGUGAUUAGGAAUGAUCCUAAUGAUGAUUUCACUUGAAUUUGUGAUAGUCCGGUAUUAAUUCUGAGGUGUUUUGAUUAGGUUCCCGAUUAUUCUGUCAGUUAGUGCGUGAAUUGAGUGCUCGGUUUUAUGCGAGUGAGGUAAGUAAAUUAUGGUAACGCCCUUUGAUUUUAAAAGCAUGUUUUGAUUUGUUUUUGAAGUGGUGGCGGGACUAAAUCCGUUUUACACGAACAUGACUGAUUUGAAGUGAAAUGUUUUAUGCUUUUCACUAAAUUGAGCAUGCCUACUUGAAAUUUAAGUGAUUGUCCUGAUGAUUUGAAAGUGAUUGUGAAUUGUGAUUUUCCUGUUAACUUCUGCCUGUUUUGUCUCCGAUGUGGUCAUGUUAUUCGUGUGCCCGCUAGUGGGAGGUUUAUAAACGCUAGCACAUGUCGACAUGUUACUGAUAGAACCGGUUCGUUUCUGUAACCCUACUAGUGGGGGUUAAAUACUAGUAAUUUCUGUAGCCCGCCAGUGGGAGGUUUAUAACACUGGCCGUGACCUAUAGAGGAGACGUCUAUUUCGUGCCCGUACUGUAUCUGUUUUCGUGAUUGUACUUGUUGGCAUGCUUUAAGUUUGAUAAGGGGCACUCCAUAUUUACUUACUGAGUUUAUCUCAUAGUUUUCCUUGUCCACCAUUUCAGGAAGCGAAACCGAGGACGGGGAAACCAUGGGAAGUGACGAGUUAGAAGGCUAGCCAUUUUGUAAAUUGAUAUAGAUUUUAGAAAUAAAUCAUGAUCUUGUAUUUGGAGAUUGUAAUUGGAGAUUUAUGAUAUUAGAGCAAAUUAUAAGAUUUGAUCUUCAGAUUUUGAUGGUAUCAGAUGUGAUAUGAUAAGUUCCGAGCCUUGUGCAUUUGUGGGACCCGUCUCACGAGUGCACGGCGUCUGUCGC